GUGUCACCUUUUGUCUCAGCAGAGUUUAAAAUGCACAGCCUUGCUUGCAGGUGCACCGAAUAAUGUGUUAAUUCUAGAGGCUUCCUCAGUUGCUCCCAGCUUUGUUUGCUUGUGGCUCUGUUGGGAAGGGAUGGGACCAAAAAUUGGCUUCACAAAAAAGAGCUCUGAGGUCCUCAGGUCCAAUUUUUGGCUUAUCCCCACCUGUCAGUGGACAGUGGCACUCGGUGCCACAUCUGGUAUAUUGUUGAGCCCUUCUAGGGAAUGUGACUCCACCUCUUCCCUGGGCAGCUGGGCCCAGYUCCAAUGCUUGACCAUYCUUUCUGUGAAGAAAUUUCUCCCAAUUUCAAACCUGAACCUCAGCUUAAAACCAUUUCCUCUCAUCUUGUCAUUGAUUGCCUGGGAAAAGARCACCUGGCUCCAAGCUCCUUUCAGCUGUUGUAGAGAGAAGGGUUCCCCAAGCCUCCUUUUGUCCAAACUCCAGCUCCCUCAGCUGUCCAGACUCGUGUUCUGGACACAUUCUGGCCWCUCAGUGUCUUCCUUGAAGUGAGAAGUCCAAAACUGGACACCACCCUGCAUUCCCUGURUCUUGUACUGCUGUCCUCAGACCUCAUCUGAGCUAGGAUGAGAACAGGCAUGUAUAUGUCACAAGGAAAACAUGCAGAAGCAAGAGAACUAAUGUAUUCAGGGGCUUUACUGUUCUUCAGUCAUAACCAGCAAAACAGUGCUGCUGAUCUGUCCAUGCUGGUUUUGGAGUCUUUGGAGAAAUCGGAUGCAAAAGUAGCAGAAGAUCUUUUAGAAAACUUGGCUAAAUUGUUUAGUUUAAUGGAUCCAAAUUCUCCCGAAAGAGUGGCUUUCGUAUCCAGAGCACUAAAAUGGUCCAGUGGGGGAUCAGGAAAACUUGGACAUCCAAAACUACAUCAGUUACUAGCUAUUACCCUGUGGAAAGAGCAAAACUAUAGUGAAUCUCGAUAUCACUUCUUGCACUCCACAGAUGGUGAGGGCUGUGCAAAUAUGCUGGUGGAAUACUCCUCAUCCCGUGGAUACCGCAGUGAGGUGGACAUGUUUGUAGCUCAGGCAGUACUACAAUUUCUCUGCUUGAAAAAUAAAACCAGCGCAUCAGUUGUUUUUACGACAUACACACAGAAACAUCCUUCAAUAGAGAAGGGUCCACCCUUUGUGCAACCACUGCUAAACUUCAUCUGGUUUCUGUUGUUGGCAGUUGAUGGAGGAAAACUAACAGUAUUUACAGUAUUGUGUGAACAGUAUCAACCUUCACUGAAAAGAGAUCCCAUGUAUAAUGAGUACCUAGAUAGAAUAGGACAGCUUUUCUUCGGAGUUCCGCCCAAGCAGACCUCGUCCUACGGGGGAUUGCUAGGAAAUCUUUUAAACAGUCUGAUGGGAACUGGGGAAGAUGAUGACACAGAAGAUGGUCAGGAAGACAGCAGUCCUAUCGAGCUCGACUGAAUGUUGUUGUCAUUGGGUGCCGUGUAAAUCUGAUGAUUCGAUGACUCCAAAGACACUUUUGGAAUUUGAAUCCUGCAGUUGUUUCUUGGCUCCUAAAAGGGCUCCUCUGGUCUUUUAGAAAUGGUUGCUGAAAUGUUUAUACUGUCGGUCUAUAUUAUUUAUGUAAAAAAAAACAAAAAAAAAAAGAAAGAAACCAACAAAAAGUAGCCAAACGAACCAAUGGGAGCAGUUGUUAGUGGGUUUCUGAUCCAGCGGCUGGGGACUGAUUAAACAUAGUCUGCGGUUUCUGAUGCAGUAUUCCCUUUUGCACAGUCAUUCAAUAAAGCAUAAACAUGGGGCUUGUCCUUUAUGGCCUACCCAAUUCCGUCUCUGUCCUGACAAAGCCUCCUUGCCCUCUGCCCCAUUCCGAGGAACAUCUCCAAAGGCAGGGGGAGCAGUUGAAUAAUUGAUGUGCGAGGCUGGUGCCAAAAGUACUGCGAGACGAGCUGAGCAGCAUCAUUUGAGAUGCACACCCGAGAGACAUUGAUACAAGAACUCACUUCCACUGCCACGAGUAACAUGCACACCCUCGAUCCUGCCUUCCCCAUCCCCAGCCAGGCUCUGGCUGAGCCCACGCGUGGCUUUAGCUGUUAUUUCCUGAAAAGCACAAGGUUGAAUYGCUCUUGAGUAAAAGCCCAUCAGUGGAACGCAGGUAAUUGGCUUCCAGGUGGAUCUGUCUUGCCUAGGUAUAAAAAUUUGGCAUUUAAAAUACCUCCUGUGGYUUGUGGCUCUAUUUUGGAAGAGAUUUUGCCAGUGUAAGUUCCCAGCUGGGCAGCCUUGCUGAGUGGAGCAGAGUUCUGUGUUUAAACCGGGCUGGAUGGCAAGAAAAGGGAUACUGCAGAGCUUCUGGUUCUUCAUGAUAUAUUUAUUUUUCUUGGGUGAUUGAUUCAUUUAACACUUUCUGUUAAAAAAAAAGAAUAAAUCAAUAAAUAAUGGAGUAACUUCACCCCCAGCAGUAGGCAUAGCCAUUCUCCAUCUCCUCUGUAAUGCAGCACAGUCUGGUACAGGGAACAGGUGAAAGGGUGGGGAAACGCUUUAUUUUUUCAUGAUGAAAAUAAAAAGGCUUAGAUUAAUAAACAGCAGUCAUGCAUGGGGGAGGGAUUAAUACAAAUUUAUUGACUGUAUGAAAAAAAAAAGGCAUUGACAGGAAGACUUUGUGUUAAUUGUGAAGUCUCAAAUAAACACUUUAUACCAG